CCGCCCCAUUCCCUUCCUCCUCCCGUUUCUAUCUCUCUCUGGCGCAUGCGCGUUGGAUGGGUACAAUACAACUGUGGGCGGGGCAGCCGAAGCAGCGGCCAAAGCCCUCCUUUCGCCUCUGGCCUCGGUUUCGUUUUUCCUCUCUCUCUCUCUCUUUCUCUGUCAUCGUCGACUCGGUACUUUGAGAUCUGAGACUGGGAGCUAUAGGUAGGAGACAGGCAACAAGGGAUCAGAGGUCCGUGGGAUUUCUACUGUAGAUCGAGCCAGUGUGGCGGGGUGGGAGAGAGAGGAGGUUACGUGCAUGGCCAGCAACAGCAACAAGUGGUGGCAAGCGCCACUCGACUUCCCCCCGCAGCCGCAGCCGCCACACCAUCAUCAGCACUACCAGCAGCAGCAGCAGCCGGCGGUGACCAUGCCGCCGCCUUCUUCCACGGCGCCGGCCGCCCCACCCGCCGCCGCCGCCUCGGCUCAAAGCCAGGACCAGCCGGCGCCGGGCGCGGCGGGGGCCAUGGUCCCGCUGCGGAAGCCGCGGGGCCGUCCGCUGGGGUCCAAGAACAAGCCGAAGCCGCCCGUGAUCAUCACGCGUGACAGCCCCGACGCGCUCCACUCGCACGUCCUGGAGGUCUCCCCUGGCGCCGACGUCUCCGCCUGCGUCGCCCAGUACGCGCGCGCCCGUGGCCGCGGCGUCUGCGUGCUCGGCGCGUCGGGGACCGUCGCGGACGUCGCCGUGCGCGUCCCGGGCGCGCCCGCGGCCGGGGCGCUCCCGCUGACGCUGCCGGGCCGGUUCGAGCUCCUGUCCGUGACCGGCACCGUGCUGCCGCCCCCGGCGCCCGCCGAGGCGUCGGGGCUCGCCGUGCUGCUCGCGGCCGGCCAGGGCCAGGUCCUCGGCGGCCGCGUCGUGGGGCCCCUCGUCGCCGCCACCCCCGUCACGCUCUUCGCCGCCACCUUCGCCAACGCCGUCUACGAGCGCCUCCCGCUCCAGGACGAUGCCGUCGUCGAUGUCAAGCCCAACGUCUCCGCCGCCGACGCCCAGCAAGCACAACAACCGCAGGAGCUGCCAUUGGCGAUGUCUCAGGCUAUGGCCAUGGGUGGCGCGGCCGGCUACCCUGUCGUCCACCGCGCAUCGCCGCCGUACGCGUGGGGAGGAGGCCACGGGCACGGUAGCGGCGGCAUCUGAUGGCCAACCGACCAACCUGUGUUUGGGUCGUUUAUUAAUCGAUUGCUGCUGUUCUUGCUCCUAACAUUCAUCCCUCUAGAACUAGGUUUUGGCAAGUUGGUUGAUUCAUGGGGUGCUCUUCUUAAUUGGGACUCUUGUAAUUUCCUUUCACCUCUCUUUGUGAUUUUGUUGUGCGAGAUCAGCAGAAAACGUUGCUGAAGUACAAAUCGGGCGAUCGGGCCACAUUUUGUGUGGUUAAUUGAUUGAGGUCAGUGUCCUGGUUUUA